AUGCCUUCACCUCAAUGGAGGAUCUUGCUUCCCGGCACCACCAUCGCUUUGCACAGCCAGAUCCACAAUCGCUUCGCACAGAUGCAUAGUGGGAACAUGGGGCAAAGUGCUGAAAAAGGGGCGAUGGAGAUACCCGACGGGUGGAGCUGGGAACGGUUCACCGUGGUGGAUGCGGGACAUGGCCAGAUUGCCUCGCGCUUCGCCACCACAAAGGCUUCGGGGGUGGGCGCAGCCAGUCCUCACAGGUCGGUGGAUCAGCUGGGCUGGGCCUCCGAGAAGUGGGAGGUGCGGCCGGCUGGGAACGGCCAAAUCGUCCUUUACAACAGACCACAACCGGAUGCUUCGAAUAUCUUCGAAUGUCAGAUCACACGAUGGACGCCAGUGGCCACAAGGAUCCACAUCACUUGCCAGACGGACUUGGGAACGUGUCCAGGUGGUCCAUGUGAAGCCAUAUCUUCAGCUGGGUACCACGGUGCUCCACAGGCCCUUCUGCUGGAGAAGGAGAACCACACUUUCAGCCACACUCAGAACGGCACAUUAUUUUGGGGAGGAGUCGGCGGAUUCGGAGGAAUGUUUGGCGGAGGUAUAUCUUCUUUCGAUCCCUUCGGAGCAAUCAAGAGGGCUGCAGAGGAAGAGGCCCGGAGGCAACAAGAAGAGGCCGAGGAAAGGGCCCGUCAACUCGCCCUCAGAGGCACCAUCGGCCGCAACCCACCCCGGCGCGUUGAGAAUUUCCCAGAUUCCUGGACCUACGAGCACUUCACGGUUCUUGAUGCUGCCAACGGGCAGGUGGCCUUCCACAACAGCUUCCACAACAGAUACCUGAAGAUGGACGGCGGUUGGACAUGGGAGCGUUUCCAGAUUGUGCCUGUAAGGCCCUACUUGCAACCCGGCACUCUGGUGGCCCUGCACUGUGGCAUACACAAUAGCUAUGUCUCCAUGAAUGGGGCUGAACUGCAGCGGAGUGAGGUGAGGAACCACAACGACUUGCCUUCCAAUUGGGUCUGGGAGCGCUUCACCGUGGUGGACGCCGGCAAUUUCCGGCAAUGGUCAAGUCGCCUUCCACAACGCUGCCCGCAACCGCUUCAAUUUAAAUGA